CGAGGGCACCAGCGCGACAGGGAUGCUGCUAACAUCACUGCGGAAGAAAGAUUGCAAAGCCAAAUCAUCAGGAGAAAGGGAGACGGAACCAGGGAUGGGCCCUUGCCCAGAGUGUAGCAAACGAAGUAACUAGCUCCACGAUGAGUAUGGGUUCACAAAUAAAAGCCUCUCAAUAUACAUUCAAAAUUUGGUCAAGAAAAGACCUUAUACUAUCAGUACAUCUGAGUGAAGAAGUAGGAACCAACUAUCGCAGGCUGCCAGAGAUCUUCGACCUACCUUACACUAAACAUCCUCCUGGCUCCAGCAUACUUGCCUUCGUCGAAGUCAGAACUAUGGAUGAAGAUAGCGCAGCACCUUUGGAACACCUAGGCACGCCCUUCACGGGCCCGAGAAUGGCGUGACAAGCGGCUCCCUGGAAGUGUGCAGAUAGACAGCUGGACGAUAGAGUAAUAUAGUAAACGGAAACAGUGGACACUCUCGUAGGCCCCUGCGGCCAACUUCUACUCUCAGUGGGCCUAGCGGAAUCGGAGCAACUCACCAGCCUCCAAGACGGCCGCCGCACGCCGCCGGAUCCAGGAAGCUACAAUUUCAUUUUCGUUUCUUUUAAUGUUUCUCUGGAAUCAGUACUAUUACAUGCAUCGAGUGAUUUCAUGCAAGCGCUUGCGCAGCUCUUUAUAUGUUGCGACAACGAGCUCACAAAGCUGUUUAAUUUAUAGUUACUGUUAUUUAAAUUCAUAUUCCUAUGUUUCAAGCUUGUACAUAGCGCAACAAUCAUGCAAACUGAUCUAAUGAGGAAGCAGAACUUGGUUGUUUGUGAUAACGUACUGUAUUUAUUCACACCAAUAUUGAGUAUCGUAAAUAAAUGUGUCAUGUUCUUUCAAUAUCAAUCAGACGGCUGGACAGGCAAAAAGCCGAAAAUAGCAGACAAUAAUUUUUUGCAGCAAGAUUGUAAGAAAAGUGGCAGAUACGUGAAGACUGCAAUAAAAAGCGAAAUGGAAGUAAUACCGGUGUCACACGGCGCACUCUUAUUCGCGAGCAAGCCCGAUCCCGAUUGAACUUAUCCGUCGCCAUUAGUUUCAUUGCGCAACGCGCGCGAGGCAGCCAAUCGCAGUUGAAAAUUUUGAUUCCGAUCGGGCUUGUUCGCGAUUUAAAGUAGUCGUGUGACACCGGUAUAAUGGGUAAUAGUAGUAAAUUAAUAGCGUGAUGGCAAUAAGCUUCACACAAGCCUAACAACAGAUACGAAACGUGUUCUGUGUAUCCAGAUAAUGGAAAAAAACUCAGAGAAGCCAGCAAACAAUUUACUUAAUAUGGGAUUGUUUUAGAUAGAAUAAAUAUGGCGCUCUUUCUUUACUUCUACGAAGGAGGGUAAUUUCAGGUAGCAAAAUUAUGUGAAUGGUUGUGUGCCAAAUUGGCUGCAUAAACAAUUGGAAACCCACCACCAUCACCAUCUUUAAUGUGUAAUGCAGUGAGUCUCUUAUUACACAGCUGCAUGAUACUGCCAUUUCAGCCAAUGAGGCACUUUUACAGUGUUGCAGUCUUGACCUGCUGUCUUCGAAGCGUU